GGGAGACACAGCCCGCCUCACUCCUCUUUGAUUUUUACUCACGCUUCUCCAAACGCCACGUCUGUAAAACUGGGCCUUUUCUUUACGCGUUUCUCGUGUCGUUUCACGUCCAGUGCCUUUUCCACAUCGACGUUUUUGUUUCUUGGUGCUUUUUUUUGGUGCUUGUUUUUUUUUUUUUGGUGCUGGUGAUGCCACUGCACGCGACGCACGAGCUGGGCUGCUGCUGCGGGACGGACGCGCGCUGCUCGUUUGAUUCGCGCUGAACCGAGGCUUUUCUUUUUUUUUCUUUUUUUUGCGGAUCAUCCAGACUUUUGGUCCAGACUGAGGCGCGUUUAGUUGAAAUCAGGGUCGUUGUUUUAGUCGGUGCCGCGCUCGGAUCAUGACUCUCAGGCUUUAGACACGAGGCCCGACGCGCACGAACAUGGAGUCAGUGAAGAGCAGAGCCGCCGCGGGGGUGAAGGAGUUUGCGGGGAAGACCCUGGGCCAUGUUUACAGGGCCAUGGAGAAGAAGCAGAACACUGGAGAUGUGAUCGAGCUGACAGAAGAUGGCCGGCCUAAAGAGGCCGCGGAGAAGAAGCCUCCCAUCUUUGACUGCACGUGCUUCGGGGCGCCCCGCCGCUACAUCAUCGCCAUGAUGAGCGGCCUGGGCUUCUGCAUCUCCUUCGGUAUCCGCUGUAAUCUGGGCGUGGCCAUCGUGAGCAUGGUCAACAACAGCACCAUCCAUCAGAACGGAAAGAUCAUCGUCAAAGAGAAGGCCAAGUUCAGUUGGGAUCCUGAGACCGUGGGGAUGAUCCACGGGUCUUUUUUUUGGGGCUACAUCGUGACGCAGAUCCCCGGAGGAUACAUCUGCUCCCGCCUGGCAGCGAACAGGGUUUUUGGUGCAGCCAUUUUCUUAACAUCAACCCUCAACAUGUUCAUCCCGUCUGCCGCUCGAGUCCAUUACGGCUGUGUCAUUUUUGUGCGAAUAUUACAAGGCCUGGUGGAGGGAGUGACUUACCCAGCGUGCCACGGCAUCUGGAGUAAAUGGGCUCCUCCGCUGGAGAGAAGUCGUCUCGCCACCAUUUCUUUCUGUGGUUCUUAUGCUGGAGCUGUGAUCGCCAUGCCGCUGGCUGGGAUCCUGGUGCAGUAUACAGGCUGGUCCUCAGUCUUCUAUGUUUAUGGAUGCUUUGGCAUGUUCUGGUAUUGUUUCUGGAUCUUUGUGUCUUAUGAGAGCCCUGCUGACCAUCCGUCUAUUAGUGAUGAGGAACGCUGCUACAUAGAGGAGAGCAUUGGAGAAAGUGCCAAGCUAAUGGGGCCUUCUGAGAAAUUCAAAACCCCAUGGAAAAAGUUCUUCACCUCUAUGCCCGUCUAUGCAAUCAUUGUGGCCAACUUCUGUAGGAGCUGGACAUUUUACCUGCUGCUUAUCAGUCAGCCCGCGUACUUUGAGGAGGUCUUUGGGUUUGAGAUUAGCAAGGUCGGUGUGCUUUCUGCGCUGCCACAUUUGGUAAUGACCAUCAUCGUGCCCAUCGGCGGACAGUUGGCGGACCACCUGCGCAGCAAGAACAUCCUGUCGACCACCACCGUCAGGAAAAUGAUGAACUGUGGAGGGUUUGGCAUGGAGGCCACGCUGCUGCUGGUGGUCGGAUAUUCACACAGUAAAGGCGUGGCCAUCUCUUUCCUGGUGCUGGCUGUCGGCUUCAGUGGAUUUGCUAUAUCAGGUUUCAAUGUGAAUCACCUGGACAUCGCUCCUCGUUACGCCAGUAUCUUGAUGGGGAUCUCCAACGGCGUGGGGACGCUGUCGGGGAUGGUGUGUCCGCUCAUCGUCGGCGCUAUGACAAAACACAAGACCCGGGAGGAGUGGCAGUAUGUGUUUCUCAUAGCCUCCCUGGUGCAUUACGGAGGGGUGGUGUUCUACGGGAUCUUUGCCUCUGGAGAGAAGCAGCCGUGGGCCGACCCGGAGCAGACCAGCGAGGAGAAGUGCGGUUUCAUCGAUGAAGACGAGCUGGCGGAAGAGACCGGGGACAUCACCCAGAACUACGGCGCCUUCGGGGGAGCCGCGGGCAAGUCGUACGGCGCGACCACGCAGGUGAACGGAGGCUGGCAGGCCAACUGGGAGAAGACGGAGGAGUACGUCCAAGAGGGAGCGCAGGAAGGAGGCUACGGCUACAGCCGGGACAAAGGAUACUCCUAGACCAAAACAGAAAAGCACACAUCACUAGCACAAACGUAGACUUUUUUCAUGAGUGCGUGUACCGAUUUAGUUGUACAUCAGCAAAUGAAAAGUACAAACUCCAAUCCAUUUUUGUGUUCUUUGCACAAACGAAAAAAAUCACAAAAAAUGAUCAACUCGAUGUAAAAUGGCUAAAUCAUAUAAAAAUAUACCAGUUCAUGGCAGUAUAAUGCAUAUCCGAUUGGCAGUCUGUACAUGUAUUAAUAUUGAUAAUAGGUAUAAUUACUUGGAGUGCAGUUGUGUGUAAAUGUGAAUCUUUCCACUUCAUCAGCGCGGCUGUGAAGCCUGGAGGUUAGAAACAGUUCAUAAGCGCCAAACCGUAUAAAAGAUGUGGUUCUUGUGACAGUGCAUCGUACGAGCCAGCUAACCCAAUGUAUAAUACUAAAUAUGUCACUGCACAGCAUCGUAAACAGAACCUAGACACUGUCGUGGUAGAUUCUACUGGACUCCUGAAUGCACUGGAGUCAUGUCCUUUAAAUGCACAAUAUGGUCUUUACUUUGACUUUAUCACUUUGUGUCCAGACAUGUUCAGGUCUGGAGCUUUUCACACUUUGACAUGUUUUGUUUUGAGCUGUGUUUAAUGUUGAGAAAAGCAUCAAGAGUAAAAAGGAAGUUUGACAAAUAUCUGCUCCAUGACACACAGACCUCCUCCAGUGAGAGUCUCAUCCGUCACACAGUGUGUGGAGAAAAGCCAUCCAGUCCACUGUCUAGCUGUACCAAUGCAUUCUUAAAUAAAAUAUACUAUAUAUACUUAUAUACAUAUAUAUAUGAAGCAAAUAUAAAGAUAGAAAGCACAUAAAUGACAUAGAUUUAUAGAUAAAUGCUUGUUACUCACUCACCACCUUAUGAGGGGAUUGUGCAAUUCAGACGUGACAGAGUAACCCGACAGUAUGAAGAAUCCCACAUUUAACCUUUAAAACGAUGCCUCUCUUUAUAUCUUAUUUAAAUACUAGCCUAUUUUAUUUAUCAAUCAAUGUUUUCCAAACAAUCUAGUGGGAAUGAAUAAAUAAUGACAAUUUUACCAGGAUUUUAAAUUCAUCAUGGCAGCUUAGCUUCUAGAGAAAAAAGAAGAUAACGUCAUUAAAUAAUCUAGAAUAUUAGAUGUAUAUGAUUUUAUAUGCAAAAGUACUGCAGAAACAUUGCUUCAGAUUUAAAAAACAAAAAUGAAAAGCAUAGAGUAUUUGAAUGUUUACAUGUGUCUGUACUUGUGUCAUGAACAUUUCUCUACAGAGACACUGAGCACAAAGGGCAAUCACAACAAGAGCUGAUGAACGCAGCCGUGGGUUUGUGAAGUCACAUCUUCACACGAAUCGUGCACUUAAGGUCUAAAGGGGCCAAAUGUCAUUUCCACUGUCUGUGCAGACUUUCAUUCAGCACUUCACAAUGUAAAUGUGUGUGUAUUUAUGCAUGGAACAAAGUGAAACGUGUGUCUUUAUGUUUAUUUUCAACAUUAUUAUUUUGCAUUAUAUUUUUUUGGUCUUUGUCUCAGAAACUGUUACUUAUGCUUCGAUUUCUUUGCACAAUUUACCAAAGGUGUAGAGUUCAGCUGGUUUUAACAGAAUGUGGUCAGUGUGGAGUCUCCAUGAGCAGAAGACUCUGAACAUAACUCAGUGUACAAAGCAAUAAACCUACAGUAACAGUUCUGGUCAAACAUCAUGAAUGAUUAUUAUGUCUUUGAAGCAUUUGUUUAAAUGUGGUGUUUUGUGUAAAACAAAUGUAGAAAAGACACUUGUAAAGAUAAAAAUAUAUGUAAAAUAUAUAGUAAUAGAGCCCUAGACAAAGCUCUCAGACCAGGUCUUUGACUUUGCGACAGGGCUGCUCACCAGAUGAGAAUGAUAAAAAGAGCUCCGUGUGAAAACGGCUGCUCUUCUUCAUGUUCUUGUUUCUGUUUUCCACUCCCCCCUCACUCGCCCCUCACCUCCUCCAUCAUCAUCACACUUUAGGUUUUACAUCUCGAGCUCCUGACUUAACCAAAUGUUCCCACUUUUCCCCUUCACGACCUCGACGCUCACUAUCCUCAAACCGGCCAUUGUCCAUUUUCAACAAUUGUGCAACUUAAAGUAGUUCAAAGUUUCCUGUUUUGUGCCUCUGGAGUUACAGUGUGAUUUUAUGGCUUCUGUUGCUGUGUAAAUUGAGAGGUUUGUUGAUGUCAAAAUGAAAUACUCUAUAUCCCCU